AUGUCUGCUCGAGAACACCUGGUCGAUGUGGAGAAAGUUAAUGACGUGGAAUCCUUUGCAAUCCAGUGGACAACGCAAUUUCUUUAUCUUGUUCGCGGGAUGGCAGAAAGAUUGGUUUUAGGUCAAAUUUCAGAGGAGGAACGACUUCGGCGUCUGCUAAUAAUGACUGACAUAUUAUUGUGGAAAUCCGAAAAUGAUGCAUCUAACGAGGAAGGUCCCGGCGCCGACGGCUGGAGAACUUCGGUCAAGCUUGCCACCAGAAAGUUGUUGAAGCAAGCUCUCGAGAAACUGGCAUGGAUUAAGCAGUUCCUGGGCGAACUGAUGUUUUCGAUGGAGUACCCAGCCAACACCUCGGAAGUUAUAGAAAUCUGCAAACUCGUACCCGAUGAGGAGUAUCUCUUUGCUGUGGCCUUUACCAAAAAGCACCGCCCAUCCUCUGAAAAAUCGUGUUUGGGCCCUUCUACCGCUCCAAUUCUAGCCUCUCCUGCAUUAUGCGAAAAAAUUGCGCUUGGACACAUCGCCCAGUUUCUGGACAUCAGGCUUUGUCAUCGCUUGCUAAUCGCCCUAGAACUGAACAUGCAGCACAAAUCGUUUAGCAACGCUAUGGCAGUCAUCGAAACCAUCGCUCUCUUACUGGGGCCCUACCUACAACUUCAGUUUGAAAUACAGGAUAUUACAGAAGUAAGAUGUUGCCUCCUUGCAAUCCUUUUCGCAAAACAGCCUUUUUACGUUUCAAGACGUCAGAGUUUUUUUAUCACUUAUACCCAUGCUGCUGUCCUAGAUUCAGAAAACCUGCUUGACGCACUUGGUGGCUAUUUCAGAGAGUUUUGCAAACACUGUCCCAAGGGAAAAAACCAUUACGCGGUUGCCCUCAACGGAGUGCAUAAGACAACUGGCACACGCUUGCAGUCGCUCUCUUCUGCGACAUGGAAACCAGCGCUUGGCAUUGGAGGUCCUUGA